AUGGCGGAAGGGGGCCGCGAACCCACCAACAAAGACCUGAUGGAUUUUAUGAAAAAUAUGGGAGAAAAAUUGUCAGUAAUGGAAAAGAAAUUGAACAAAAUUGAAACACUUGAACGCAAGGUUAUGGACUUUGAAAAAGAUAUAAAAAAGAUAUGGGUAGCUCUUGAAGACCGAGUUAAGCGUACCGAUGAGCGGGUAGGCAAGCUGGAGGACAAGGUGGAUUCGGUCGACGUUGAGGCGGCGCAGAUGGCGGACAGGAUGGCCACCUUGGAAAAACAGCGGGAGGAACUUCGGGACGAUGUUGCGUACUUGAAGUCGCAAUCUAUGAGGAACAAUCUUAUUUUUACUAAUAUCCCCGAAGAUAAUUCCACCGGCAACGAGUCCGCUGAGGUCACCGAAGACAAGCUCCGCCAACACCUUCAGGAUACCCUCAAGCUCGCGAAGGAGACGGUCGAGUCCAUUCGCUUUGAACGUGUUCACCGGUCUCCAGGUCAACCAGUGCCGGGCAGGAUCCGCAACAUCGUUGCAAAGUUCACGUUUUUUAAGGACCGGGAGGUAGUAAGGAGACAGUGGAAGCAUUUGGCGGGGACGGGCCGUCAAAUGUACGAGCAGUUUCCACCGGAAGUACUGGACAAACGCCGCAGGCUAGUGCCCAAGAUGAAGGACGCCAGGAAGGAGGGCAAACGUUCAUGGAUAGUGUACGACACCCUGUACGUAGACGGCAAGCCGGUGAGGAGCUAGGGGCACGACGGAGGUGAACUUUCGGUUCUUUCAUGGAAUGUUCAUGGACUAAAUAGGGACAAAAAAGAGAGUAUAGACUUUGUAAAUAUUUUAGAUAAAUAUGAUAUUUGUUUCCUUUAUGAGUCAUGGUGUGAUUCCUCUAGUAAUAUUGAUUUAAAAGGAUAUAAAUCACAUAAUUUUUAUCGUAAAUUUCAACAUAGGAACGCUAAGCGAAAUAGUGGUGGAAUAGUUUUAUAUUACAAAGAGCACU